AAGGGCGGAUUUCAGUACAGCGUCUUUGAUGACGUGUUGCCGUGAAGAUGGCGGAAGUUCAUUCCUGAUCUGAGCCGGAGUCGCUUGGUACGGAUUCUGUAAUAAACUAUUUCAGGACGGAUCGGUUCGGCUUCACGUCUCUCAUCUGACCCAGAGAUAGAUUCGGGUCUCAGCGUAGCUCUAUGUCAUGGCCUGCAGUGUCGCUAAAGCAGGUCCUGCUAAUGGCUUCCCUAUGAAAGCACAGCUGCAGAUCAUUGUGAUCUCUGCCAAACUCAAGGACAACAAGAAGAACUGGUUCGGCCCGAGUCCGUACGUGGAGGUGUGUGUGGACGGCCAGUCCAAAAAGACGGAGAAAUGCACCAACACACACUCGCCCAAAUGGAAGCAGUCGCUCACUGUGAUUGUCACUCCAUUCAGCAAGCUGAUCUUCCGUGUUUGGAGUCACCAGACGCUGAAGUCGGACGUUCUGUUGGGCAUGGCCACCCUUGACGUCAGCGAGACGCUCAAGUCACAUGACAUGAAGAUCUGUGAGGUUGUGCAGACGCUGCAGCUGUGCGCAGACAGAGAUCAGACCGAUAACAUUGGCGAUCUGUCCGUGUGUUUGGACGGUCUACAGGUGGAUCCCGAAACGUUUCAAUCGGCCGAGGCCAACAACCAGAGUUCUUUAAAUGGCGAGUUGGAGCUUAAUGAAGACUCCAGCAGAAGUAGCAGGGAUCCGUCCCCAACGGUCUCAGAGGGUAUGGAUCGGCCGUCUGCUCCUAACGGCCGUGUGAAUGGAAUGGACUCUCCCUCAGGGUCAGCCAGAGGGUCACGAAGCCAGAGACCGCCACGACCCUCGCGACCUCCCCCGCCAACCCCACGCAGACCCACAUCUUCCCCAGCUUCCUCUACUGGUUCUUUUCCUGAUGGCAGCGAUUCGUCUCGUUCAGACACUCCAGUUCGUAAUCCCUCUGGGGGAGGAGCCUCAGAUUCUAGCCCCGCCCCCACAGUGGAGCAGCCUGGUAGGACGGCUCUCAGUGUAGUCCCCGCCCCCAGCAGGAUUCCCAGCAUGGUCAACACCGGACCUCUGCCGCCCGGUUGGGAGCAGCGUGUCGAUCAGAACGGCCGUCUGUAUUUUGUUGACCAUGUGGAAAAGAGGACGACUUGGGAAAGACCGGAGCCUCUGCCAACAGGAGCUUCUCUCUUUAGCUGGGAGCGACGUGUGGAUCAGAUGGGACGGGUGUAUUUUGUGGACCACAUUACCAGAACCACAACAUGGCAGCGGCCCACGAUGGAGACGGUGCGCAACUACGAGCAGUGGCAGCACCAGCGCAGUCAGCUGCAGGGAGCCAUGCAGCAGUUCAACCAACGGUUCAUCAUCGGGCUGCAGGAUCAGGCUUCAGCCACCCAGAAUAAGGAGUUUGACCCACUGGGACCUCUGCCACACGGAUGGGAGAAGAGAACUGACUCUAAUGGCAGAGUUUACUUUGUUCAUCACCCGACCAGAACGACGCAGUGGGAGGAUCCGCGCACUCAAGGUUUGCUAAAUGAGAAGGCCCUGCCUGAAGGUUGGGAGAUGAGGUUUACGGUCGAUGGCAUCCCUUACUUCGUAGAUCACAACCGGAGAACCACCACUUACAUCGACCCACGGACUGGAAAGUCCUCCCUUGAGAAUGGCCCUCAAAUCACAUACGUACGAGACUUCAAAGCCAAAGUUCAGUACUUCAAAUUCUGGUGUCAGCAAUUAGCGAUGCCACAGCACAUAAAGAUCACCGUCAGCCGCAAAACGCUGUUUGAAGACUCAUUCCAGCAGAUCAUGAGUUUCAGCGCUCAAGAUCUCCGCCGCAGGCUGUGGAUCAUCUUCCCCGGGGAGGAGGGGCUUGACUAUGGAGGCGUGGCAAGGGAAUGGUUCUUCCUGUUAUCCCACGAGGUGUUGAACCCCAUGUACUGCCUGUUUGAGUACGCUGGCAAGGACAACUACUGCCUUCAGAUAAACCCCGCCUCCUACAUCAACCCCGACCACCUCAAAUACUUCAAGUUCAUUGGACGCUUCAUCGCCAUGGCCUUGUUUCAUGGAAAAUUCAUUGACACAGGCUUCUCGUUGCCGUUCUACAAGCGCAUCCUAAACAAGCCCUGGGCACUGAAAGACCUGGAGUCCAUUGACCCGGAGUUCUACAACUCCCUCAUCUGGAUUAAGGAUAAUAACAUCGAGGAGUGUGGUCUGGAGAUGUUUUUCUCGGUGGAUAAGGAGAUCCUGGGUGAGGUGUCUACUCACGAGCUGAAGCCGGACGGCGGGAACAUCCAGGUCACAGAGGAGAACAAGGAGGAGUACAUCAGGCUGGUGGCAGAGUGGCGGCUGUCUCGUGGUGUCGAGGAACAAACUCAAGCAUUCUUUGAAGGAUUUAAUGAGGUUCUUCCACAGCAGUAUCUGCAGUAUUUCGAUGCCAAAGAGCUGGAGGUGAUGUUGUGUGGUAUGCAAGAAAUAGAUCUGAAUGACUGGCAGAGAAACACCAUUUACAGACAUUAUACAUCCUCCAGUAAACAGAUUUUGUGGUUCUGGCAGUUUAUUAAAGAGAUGGACAAUGAGAAGCGCAUGAGACUGUUGCAGUUUGUCACUGGUACCUGUCGUCUGCCUGUCGGAGGCUUUGCAGACCUGAUGGGGAGUAACGGAGCGCAGAAGUUCUGCAUCGAGAAGGUCGGGAAAGAGAACUGGCUUCCCCGCAGCCAUACAUGUUUCAAUCGUCUGGAUCUUCCACCAUACCGGAGCUACGAGCAGCUGAAGGAGAAGCUGAUGUUUGCUAUUGAGGAGACAGAAGGUUUCGGACAGGAGUGAGAUGCUAACACACACACACACACACACACACACUAGUUUAACUGAGAGGACAGACCAUGACUCGAUGAUCCGGCACACCGGUGCAUUAUAGGAAAAGGGGGGUUUCUGCACUCACCUGUCACUUGGUAUUCAUUUUUAUAUUCCCCGUGAGACGAAGAGGGCUUUAUGCAAGCAUGUAAGAUACGUGACUUUGAUGUUUCUACAUGUGAUUAAUCCAUCAAGACUUCUGAAGUACGGAGAGCUUUCCUCUACGACUCCAGGAGAAAGACCAGAACGAUCGUACUGAUUCACGAGAGCUCUGUGAAUGUGUGUUUUUAUGUUUGCAACCCUAUGAUGGGUCUCCUCCUCGUGCCUUUUUUCCUCACUGUCAUCCAAAACAACUGGGUUGUUAAAGUGUAGCACUCUAAAACAGCAGGAGCGUCAGUCCAGAACCUGAUUGCUUGUUGCACGACUUACCAAAAUAUUCAUUCAAACUGUCAAGAAAUGCCCGUUUUCAUCCCAAAAUCAAAAAUUAAGAAAAUGUAUUUUGCAUUGAAAUUAGGGACCAUUUAGAUAUUUUGCAUUGUGACUUUGAUAUAUAAAAACUAAUAAUAAAUAUUUUUUAUUUUAUAUAUAUAUAUAUAUAUAUAUAUAUAUAUAUAUAUAUAUAUAUAUAUAUAUAUAUAUAUAUAUAUAUAUAUAUAUAUUAAAAAAUAUCUUUUUUUCUUUUCUUUUUUUUAAUUUAUAUAUCUUGAUUUUGUGGUGAAAUAUGGCCUUGACAUUUCUAAAAUUAUGAAAAAAAAAAAUACUAAAAGUUCUAGUGAUUACUAAAAGUUCCAGUGAUUUAAAAUUAGAGCCUGAAGUUCUUGCACGUCGCCUCUGGUGUGUUUAAUUUCACGCUCUGGUUCUUGAGCACAGAUUCACAUUACUGAAUUAUUUCUCUGAAAUGAGCUGAAAUUGUGUCAUUUUUGAUGCACAACAGACGUGGCACUGGCCUUGAAUCCCUGAAGCGCUAAUGUGAGUUUAUUUUGGGACUAAAAUUGGGAAAGUGCAGUAUUUAUUACAGGUACACGCGUCAGACUGACAGCGUAGUAUCGAGCGCUCUAGUUCUAUAGGGCGGCUGCUUUUUAACGCAUUUCUGGAAGCUCUUUGGCUGUUCAGAUUGUAGUUUAUUUCAUGUUUUAUCAAUUAUUUGAAGUGAUACUUGUCUAAACCACUGGAGCACAAAAGCCCCGCUUAUAGCGUACAGCUGUGGUUCAGUGCAUUGCAUUAUGGGUAAUAAUAUCAAGGCUCAUAUGGAUGACUGUUUGAAUUUCAGAAAAAAAAAAUCAACAUCAAAUAUUUAUUUAAAUAGUUCUUUUUAUCCAAAUUACCCUGUUUGAAUGAGUAUUUAACUAGUGAAAUCCCCGGGACGAUGGUUUAUAAACUGACAUGGCUUUCAUUUUGACUUUUAUUUCCGACUGAUCCAUGUAAACCAAACCACUUUGACUCUGUAUAUGAACUGAAUCCUGUACAUGUGUGAAUACUCUCCUCUCUGUUCUGAUGAAAAAUGAUGAUUUUAGUAUUAAAGUAGAAGCGACUGCUUUCACCGUCGUUUCAGAGUUUAUUUACUAGAGUUGAUUUGUAUGUAUAGUCAAAUGUGAAAAGAUGUUCAGCAGCAGAAUAAAGAAUUCUAUGGGAAA